AUGGAUAAUUAUAAGCUUGGUGAACAAGCUCAAGACCAGCCAAUUGAAAAGCAAUUAAAUGGAAAUAAAUAUGAUGGUAAUGCAGAUAGAUAUCAAACUGCGCUAAAGAAUCUCGCUGCAAUCACUCUUGAUAUUAAAAAAGGAAUAGAUGCAUCAGCAUUACUCGAAAAUAUUAAGUUUUACGUCUUUGGACACGUACCCGUAGAAGUACUUUUAGAAAAUUCUGUACUGGAAACUUUUGCUGUCGCAUUAAACUACGAAUUUGGCAACAGAGCUACGAUCAUCUACUUUGAAAUGCUUAGAAAUAUUAUCUCUCAUGCAGAUUCUACACAAAUUAUCGACUUUUUUAAUGAAGAAAAUGUUCCAAAAAUAUUUGAACUCCUUAGAACCAGAGAAAUACAUGCAAAGUUUUUAAUACUCGAAAUACUCAUCAAUGUUCUUGAAUUGAAUGAGGUUGGGCAGAUAAUUGUUCCUUUAUUUGAAGAAAAUCACUUUGAACGUAUUGCAUUAGAGUUAUUAGAGAGCAUGCCGUUCGAAAAACUAUCAACAAAUAAAUACGAACCACAAUAUAUAGACAGUCUUUUAGAUUUAUUACAAAUUUUGUUUUCAUAUGUUGAUGAUGAAAAUUUGAUUGCUUUUAUUCAUAUAUUUGCAUUCAUUACAGAACAUUUACCAAUAUCUUACUACGAAAUUUUAGAUUGUGAACAAAAAAAUCAACCGUUGCCUGAAACACCAAUUUUCGAGCCAUGCUUUUACUCAACAAUAUGUUUAGUCUACAAGCAAGGUUUUAGAUCCCAAGAAAUGAUUUCAAACUUCGAUUUGCCAAUUUUAAUUCCAAGAUUAGUUGAAAUGAGUUCGAAGUUACAUUAUUUAGGUAAAAAUACAAAAGAUAUACUUAAAUAUGCAGAUUCAAUGUGGAAAACUAUUGUAUUUGCUAUAGAUUUAAGUUAUUUACCUGAAUCCUUUUUUGAUUAUCUUGCAACGAAUUUAAACAGUAUCUGCCUUGAGUAUUCUGGCUCCAAACAUCUAUAUAAGAUCAUAGAAUACUUACUUUUAGAAAGAUAUGAAUUAAUGAAAAAAUAUUUUGUUUUGGAUGCUCUUAUUAUUAAUUUCUAUGGAUAUUCAUUUAAAAUACAUAACAGAUCGAUUAACCCUCUCUUUACAUUGAUGAAAAACCUUUACGAUCCUGAACUUGCAGAAAUUUUAGUGCAACGCUCAUUCACUGAUCUAGUUGUAUCUAAAUUAGAGGGAUAUUCAGAUGAUACACUGACGAACAUGCUCAUUGCAAUUGGUGAAUACUGUUCAAAUAAUCCGAAAUUUUCAGAAUCUGUCUCAUCGAAUGAGUCAUUCCACGAAGAAGUUCAGAAAUUAAUCGAUUCUGAUAGUGACUCUGUUAGCCAAGCAGCCGAAAAUCUUAUAAACCUGGUUUACCCAGAAUAA